AUGGCCACCAAAGACGCUGCAACAAAAGCUGGUCCGGUGGAGACGUCUAUUCGUGAGAAGUUGACGACAUUGCUACAACCCGCCGAGUUGACGAUCACGAACGAUUCGUGGCAGCAUCGCCAUCACGCCGCAAUGCGUGCGCAGGGAGGUGGGAGUGGGGAAACACAUUUCUCAGUCCAGGUUGUGUCCGAUGCAUUUAGAGGGAAGAACACCUUGCAACGCCAUCGGAUGAUUCAUUCGGCAUUGUCGGACGAGUUCGCUCAGGGCCUUCACGCUCUUUCCCUGAAGACAAAGACACCCGAGGAAGCUCGAUCUGCCUGA